AUGAGGUUCUGGCGCAAUCCAGAUGAAGAAAGAGAUGGGAAGCAAUGGUUGGUCUUGCUGGACCUUCAAACCUGUGCCGGCGAUGGUGCAUCGACUGUGAGCGAUGUUUGCCCUUAUCCGAAUAGUUUCCACAUUGAUGUCUGGGUCCCGAAAGAAGGAGCUCCACGACGAUCCAACGGCAAGCCAGAAGUGGAGAAGCUAAGAGUCAUGCUUGCCGCUGAUACGAAAGCUCAUCUGGAUCACUGGUUAGAAAUAAUAAACCAAACAGCUCACCAUGUGCUUAUGUGGGAUCGUCCUUCAUUUAUGCCUUAA